AUGAGGUUCCUGUGUCUCCCAGGAGGCUAUUGCAGCGCCAUUGCACUCAAAACACAGCUAGGGCCGUUCUACGAUGCGCUCCGGGCCAAUGGAAAGGCCGAUUUUCACUAUGUUCAAGGCACGACAGAAGUACAUGUUCCUCCUGAACAUGCUGGGUUUUUCGGUCCCCCGCCCAACUAUACCUUUAUGAAGGUUGAUGGGCCCGCGCCGGUCCAUCUGAAUAUGAGCGAUUUUCCAAAACGCGAUACCCCAGAAGAGGCCAUGAAAGUGGCUAGAGACAUGGCCGGCGAUCCCACGUUCUCCUGUAUUGUCGAGGUAGUGGACCGUCUGGUCGACAUUCUCGACAGUGAAGGCGACAUUGAUGGUGUUCUUGGCUACUCUGAAGGUGGCCAGAUUGCUGCAUCGCUAAUUCUCGAGGAGCAACGGAGGGAAAGGGAACUGGGCCGGAAACCUCGACUUAAAUGCGCAAUCUUCUUCUGUGGAUGGCCACCAAUGCACCCGGUGACUGGGAAGAUUACCCUCGCUGAUGACUUCGAUGAAGAACCGAUCACGAUCCCCACCUGUCAUGUCGUCGGUGCGUCAGAUCCGUUCCUGGAUGGCUCGAUGGCAUUAUACAAUAUGUGCGAUGUCGACAACGCUGAUUUGUUCGACCAUGGUGGAGGUCACGUACUUCCGCGAGGCAAGCAGACUGUUGAAGAGCUUGUUGUAACUGUGCGUGAGAUGAUCAACUCUGUAGCGUGA